AUGAUGCGUCUACGCCCUCUCGUAUCAGCCCCUAUCAUGGGCGCCUUGAGGCAACAAACCCUCCCGUGUGCGGCUCGUCAGUUCUCAGCCUCCGUCAAGCCCGGCACAUCCAUCUCCGAAGUCAUCACCAAAGACCACCGAGAGCUCGAGCAGUACUACAACGAAGUCAUCAACUCCAAUGACCCCGAUCACCAACAGCGCUUUGGCAACCAAUUCACUUGGGAGCUGGCGCGCCACUCGGUCGCCGAAGAGCUGAUUGUCUAUCCCGCUUUUGAGUCUCAUAUGGGCGACAAGGGCCAUGCCAUGGCCGAGGACGACCGCAAGCAACAUCACAGAGUAAAAGAGCUCCUCAAGGAAUUCCAGAACAUGAAGGCCGAGUCGGCAGACUAUGUCCCCAAGCUGAAGGAGCUUUGGUCGGUCUUGUCGCAGCACAUCAAGGAGGAGGAGGAGAAUGACUUGCCGGCGCUCGAGGCGGCGUUGCAGGCGGCCAAGGGCGAGUCGGAGGGCAUGGCGAAGAAGUUUGGUCUCACCAAGGCGUUCGUUCCGUCAAGAAGCCACCCAAGUGCGGGGGAGAACCCUUACUUCGAGUCGGCCAUGGGAAUGUUGGCUGCGCCUAUUGACCACAUUGCGGAUAUCUUUAGGAAGUUUCCUGGGAACACCAAGUCCCCCAACCCAUCUACCAAGUAGAUGGAGACAUGAGAUAGGAAAAUGUGAGUUUUUGUACAUACUUUAAUGCAUAAUUUGGACUUAUGUUUCGAGU